AUGUCUGCCACCAUCGAGCGGGAGUUUGAGGAGCUGGAUGCUCAAAACCGUUGGCAGCAGCUGUACUUGGAAAUUCGAAAUGAGUCCCAUGACUAUCCUCAUAGAGUGGCCAAGUUUCCAGAAAACAGAAAUCGAAACAGAUACAGAGAUGUAAGCCCAUAUGAUCACAGUCGUGUUAAACUGCAAAAUGCUGAAAAUGAUUAUAUUAAUGCCAGCUUAGUUGACAUAGAAGAGGCACAAAGGAGUUACAUCUUAACACAGGGUCCACUUCCUAAUACAGCUUGUCAUUUUUGGCUCAUGGUUUGGCAGCAAAAGACGAAAGCAGUUGUGAUGCUGAACCGAGUUGUAGAGAAAGAGUCGGUUAAAUGUGCACAGUACUGGCCAACAAAAGACGACCGGGAGAUGCUGUUUAAAGAAACAGGAUUCAGUGUGAAGUUCUUGUCAGAAGAUGUGAAGUCAUACUAUACAGUGCAUCUACUGCAGUUAGAAAAUAUCAAUAGUGGUGAAACCAGAACAAUAUCUCACUUUCAUUAUACUACCUGGCCUGAUUUUGGAGUCCCUGAAUCACCAGCUUCAUUUCUGAAUUUUUUAUGUAAAGUGAGAGAAUCUGGUUCCUUGAAUCCUGAACAUGGGCCUGCAGUGAUUCACUGUAGUGCAGGCAUUGGGCGGUCAGGCACCUUUUCUCUGGUAGAUACAUGUCUUGUUCUGAUGGAGAAAGGAGAUGACAUUAACAUUAAACAACUGUUACUGAAUAUGAGAAAAUAUCGAAUGGGACUUAUUCAGACGCCAGAUCAACUCAGAUUUUCAUAUAUGACUAUAAUAGAAGGAGCAAAAUUUAUAAAGGGAGAUUCAAAUAUACAGAAACGGUGGAAAGAACUUUCUAAAGAAGAUUUAUGUCCUGCUUUCGAUCAUUCACCAAACAAACUAAUGAAUGAAAAAUACAAUGGAAACAGGAUAGUGCUAGAGGAAGAAAAACUGACAGGCGACAGAUAUACAGCACUGUCUUCCAAAAUGCAAGAUGCCGUGGAGGAGAACAGUGAGAGUGUUCUACGGAAACGAAUUCGAGAAGACAGAAAAGCUACCACGGCUCAGAAGGUGCAGCAGAUGAAACAGAGGCUAAAUGAGACUGAACGAAAAAGAAAAAGGCCAAGAUUGACAGACACCUAA